AUGGCUUUAAAGACUUUUAAAGUGGAUGGAAAGAGCCAUAUCGUUGCUUCUCCAUUGACGCCUGAAGCAUUUGCACCGUAUGGUGGUGUCAUUAGUGCAGAUCAUCAACUACAGAAGGCUGAGAAAUCAGAAGCAAAUUACGGUACAGCAAUAAAGUUACAUAAGGUGGCCCCCAUAGUCAACAAUUUUCGAAACUCGCCCAGCGGUGGCAAGGAGUCCGCCAAUUGGAACAUUUUCAGAUGCACUGCUCCAAAGCACUUGAUAAAGCAUGGUGGUUCAAAAGCUGUGUACUUAUCAAAGGUAUUGGAGAGACACCCAUUUAGCACACAGACAUUUGUACCUAUGGGACAAGACAAAAAUAAAUUAUCGUAUUUGGUUAUUGUUGCCAAAACUGAUGGGUCAACUUCAGAAAAGUUACCCGACCCUUCUCAAAUUAAAGCAUUUUUAUGCAAGGGAAAUCAAUCUAUCACGUAUGGAGCUGGUAUAUGGCAUGCUCCUAUGGUUGUAAUUGAUGAGACAAUUCCACACUUGGAUUUUGCUGUUUUAAUACAUGAAAAUGGAGUGGCUGACGAAGACUGUCAGGAAUGCUACUUUGAACCAGGCUACAACAUCGAGUAUACAUUAAGUACACCAAAACUUUGA